AUGCCGAUGCCUCAAGUGCAACAGCCGUCGUUUCCCAGUCCUACGGGCGACCAGUUCCUGCGAUGGGGAGGAGCGGCCGACGCAAAUGGCCUCAUCGACGGAACCGCGGGCCACGCCAUCAAUUCGUAUGGCAUUGUCCCCGGCCAGCAACAGCCGUUUGUGCAGCCCACACCAAGCCCUAACAAUGCGCUUGCACGGAGGCAAAUGAACAGAGCACUCGUUCCCACCGGUGUGAGGCAGAACUUCGACUCGCCAACUGACCCUUGGUCUUUUGGCGGUGAAGACUCUGCACUUUUGCAACAACAAGCAAAUGGGAAUAUAACUGAUACCGACAACAUCGAAGUCUUGGAGGAGAUGGCCCGGAAGGCCAUGAGAGAGGCCCAACAGAAGCGGAAGCAGAUUCCGCCGUUCGUGCAGAAAUUGAGCAGCUUCCUGGAUGAUGACAAGAAUUCGGAGCUGAUUCGGUGGUCCGAGAAGGGCGACUCGUUCAUCGUCCUCGACGAGGAUGAGUUUGCGAAGAAGCUAAUUCCGGACCUGUUUAAACACAACAACUAUGCCUCUUUCGUGCGACAGCUCAACAUGUACGGUUUCCACAAGCGCGUUGGCUUGUCGGACAACUCGAUGCGCGCAAGUGAGCGGAAGAACAAGAGCCCGAGCGAGUACUCGAACCCGUUCUUUCGACGAGGCCACCCGAACUUGCUCUGGCUCAUCAAUAAGCCCAAGGGCGGCAACAAGGGCAAGAAGGGCGCCAAGAACGCCGAGGUUGAGGGCGACAGCGAGGAGGACGCUGUCAUCGCUGAAGACACUAUGGGCCAAGGCUUCGGAGCUGCUAGUGCACCUGCCAGCAAGGCUUUGCCGUCCUCUGGCGACAUGCCCCUUCAGAAGAAAGAAAUGUUGCUGAUUCGUGAAGAGCUGGCCAAGGUGCGAGAGCAACAACGCAUGAUCAUGACGGCCAUUCAAAGGAUUCAACAAGACAACUCUGCAUUGUACCAGCAAGCAGUCGUUUUCCAGAGCCAGCACGACCGCCACCAGAACUCGAUAAACGCCAUCUUGAACUUCUUGGCCAAUGUGUUUAGGAAGACACUUGAGGACCAAGCCGGACCCCAAAGUGUCAAUGAUCUUCUGGCGAGCAUCAUCCCGAAUAGCAACAACGCCAACUCGGUCCCACAAGGAAGUGUCGUCGACUUGGGCGACUACGUCCAAGCAGCACAAAACUCGGCCAGCAAUACUAACAACAAUAUGAACCUUGCUAAGCGCAGGCAUGCGAUCCUGCCUCCCAUGCCAAAUGCGCGCGCCAACACGGUUUCGCCAUCUCCGGCGUCCAGCUCAUCCACGCCUCAGCCGUACAACCGCGAGAUGGAUCAGACCACACCCACCAACUACUUGGCGCAAGAGCUCGAGACCAACCCCCACGAGAGCAUGAUGAAGAUCAUCCACGAUACCAAUGCUAACAACUCAUCCGGCAUUGACCUCCCUCACGUCGUCAACAACACCCCUGCGACGAUGAGCAAUGACCAGCGGAACAAGAUGCUCAACGCAAUGGCUGGUCGAUCGGCCACACCCUCCACCAACGCUCACCGGCCUGCCAAGCCCUCGGUCUCGGCCUCUCCCAAUCCGCCUGCGCCAUCAGUCACCGCAACCCCCGAGACACCACCCCCCAUGCCUGCCGCCUCAGGCCUUUCACUGUCACCCAUCAUGGGUUCCGCCGCGCCACCACCUUCACUGCAGCAGAUCAACUUCAACCAGGAAGAUCUUGCCGCGCUUCAUCGCAUGCAAGAAGAACAGGCCGCAAAGUUGGACCAACUCUCGAGUAUGCUCGGACCACUCAGCCCGUCUGGUCGCAUACCCGGCAUCGAUGAAAACGGGAAUGUGAACGGCUACUUUGACGGUGAUCUGGACAUCGACCAGUUCCUGAAUCCUGAUGCUUUCCAAGGUGAGAACACCUAUCCAAACGUCAACUUCAACGGCGACGGCAAUGACUUCAAUUUCACUCUUGACGGAUCUGUUCCAAACAACGGCGGCACCAAUGUCAACAGCACGCCGAGCUCUACAGGAACCGAGGAGAUUCCGCGGGAUAACUUUGACGGACUCAACGGAAGCCCUGACCGCGGUAAUAAACGGCGACGGGUUGGUUGA